AUGUCUUUCUCGGCGGACAAGGUCAACAUGCUCAAGGGAGCCUUUUCCCAGAGGCGAUUUUCAAGCUCAAAGGAUCCGAGCGAGAGCGAACUCGGCUCUUCAAUCCAUCGUCAGUUCCGCCAGUCACACGAAGGUCAUAGGCCACACGCCGGCCUCGACGCCACUCGCGCCUCCACUGGCGUCGUCUGGACAUCAGAACAAGCCUACAAGCAUGGAUUCCUCGAGCACCCCGAAGAAUGGGCAAACUUGGGACAGGGUGCGCCUGAGGUCGACGAUGACAUAGAGGGUUGCUUUGUGCGCCCGACAGAGGUCGACAUUAGUGCUCAUGGCAGGGAGUACGGUCCAACUGCUGGCAUCAGACCGCUGAGAGAGGCGGUUGCGAAGCUGUACAAUGAACAUCACCGCAAAUGGCGUAAAAGCCAGUAUACGUGGGAGAAUGUGUGCAUUGUACCUGGUGGGCGUGCAGGCUUGAUCCGUAUCGCUGCUGUCCUGGGUAACUGCUAUUUGGGAUUCUUCAUUCCCGACUAUACUGCGUACAACGAGAUGUUGUCCCUCUUCCGAAACAUCGCGGCCAUCCCCGUUCCUCUCGGCGAAGCAGACCAAUACCACAUGUCGCCUGACAAGAUUGCUGAAGAAAUCGCUCGCGGUACCUCAGUCAUUCUCACAUCGAAUCCUCGUAAUCCAACAGGCCAAUCAGUCGUUAACCCGGAAUUGGCUCAGAUUCAGAACAUCUGCCGAGACCGCGCUACCCUGAUCAUGGACGAGUUCUACUGUGGAUACAAUUACACCACCAAUUGCGACGGCACGGUCAUCUCCGCUGCCGACAACGUCGAGGACGUCGAUGAGGACGACGUUCUUAUCAUCGACGGGCUAACGAAGCGCUUCCGUCUCCCUGGCUGGCGUGUUGCGUGGGUCCUCGGACCUAAAGAGUUUAUCCAAGCUAUCGGCUCUUGCGGUUCCUACCUUGACGGUGGCUGCAAUGUUCCCUUCCAAGAGGCCGCCGUGGAAAUGCUCUCCCCACCACGUGUGCGCAACGAGAUGCGCGCUCUACAGAUGCACUUCCGCACCAAGCGGGAUUAUGUCAUUGGCAGGCUACAGGAGAUUGGCUUCAAGUUCCCCUACAUGCCAAACUCGACAUUCUACCUAUGGCUCGACUUGUCUAGUAUGCCAGAGGGUAUCGACGACGGCCUAAACUUCUUCCAGGCGUGUCUAGAGGAGAAGGUCAUCGUCGUCCCAGGUAUUUUCUUCGACUUGAAUCCCGCCAGGCGCAGGGAUCUGUUUGACAGCCCUUGCCAUCACUUUGUGCGUCUCAGUUACGGCCCAAAGAUGGAUGUCCUGGCCAAGGGUCUGGAUUCGAUCGCCAAGAUCGUGAAGAAGUUCCGUGAUAACCCGCACAAGCAUCGUCAAAUGCAGGUCAGGCCUCGUGGCACUGGAGCACCUAACUAA